GCGAUUUGAAGUACACAAGACGAGGUUUUAGUGCAGGUGAAGGCUCCACUGUGUUAAGCACCUGCAACUGCCCUUAUACGCCUAGACACGUUGCGGAGCAUUCACGAACAACAUACAUGGGAGUCCAUGGGCUUUGGCGGCUGCUGGAUUCCUUCGGUACGGUGGUGCAGCCGGACGAUCUCAAGGGGAAGCGCGUCGCCAUUGACGCCAGUAUUUGGAUUGCCCAGUUUCGCGCCCGCAUCGCUCCCGGCGAGGAUGUCGAGCACAAAAUACUCGAAGGUUUUCUGGCGCGUAUUCUCAAGCUGCUGUUUUACGGCAUGAAACCUGUCUUCGUCUUUGAUGGCCGGGCCUCCUCCAUCAAAGGCGCAGAGCACUAUCGACGAAUGCGGCUACGCGCCCUAAACGCACAGGCGCUGCUGAAGCGCCGCGCUAAACAAAUUUUGAUGGCGCAGGUGGCGGCGGGCGCGCUUGACUUGGAGGAGCUGAAGAAGGGAGUAUCGACUGAUGCCGAAAACGAAACGAGCUUCUCUGCUGCAGACGCGAAAAACAGCGCCGUUGUACCCGCAAGCGCGACUGACAAGAUGCCGGAGGGAGUCGCCACCUCAGGCGCUGUGGCCACAGAAGUAGCGAAUUCUUCUCGUACUGUUGGCGAGGCCAAGGGAGCAACGGAGGACAUCGCAGCCUCACUUCUGCCUCGUCCCGGAAAGCGACGCCGUUGUGGUCCGCGCCGUUCAUCCCACCAUCCUCGUCAUCAUCAUCACUGCCGCCGUCGUCGUCUCGCACCGGACGCGGUGUCUAGUCGAAGCACGCUCCAUUUUUUGCAAGAUGUUGAAGGGAUACUGGAAGAGCGGACAAGACACGAGGCACGCGUCUUGCACAAUGCCUUGCAUAACACUAGCACCUCGCUCUUUAUGGGCCCCCGACGCGCGGUGGAGGACGUCAGGGAGAGCGGUGUGAAUCCGCAAGAGAGCGGUCGAGCGUCGCCUUCUGCACCCGUUCAGCCCUCUCCUCUUCACCCGUGUGUUGUUGUCGUAGAUGACUCGGCGCCGCAGCUACUUGAGCGAGAAGAUGUGAUCAGCGUGACGGAUAGCGAUGCGAGCUACGACGACGUUGAUGAAGAAGACGUAGACGACGGUAGCGACACGCCCUCGGACUGCUGCGCGGUGUCGUCCUCCUCGGGCGGUGUUAGCGUGACAGAGGGCGGCAUCGUGGUGCAGGUGGAGAAGCGAAAUGCGUCGUCCCGCUCGCCGUCAAGCGCGAGCAGCGCGGCUGUCCUGCACAGCGGUGACCUCGCCCACUUCCUCACCACACUCUCACAGCGAACGCCGCCUCUCCACGCAUCACCAGAGCGCGAGCGCCAAAGAAUGGCGGAAAACGGAGCUGGAGGGUCAGCGAUGAGAGAGGGAACGGCUGCCGAGGUGCCUAAAUCGAGUGCAAUCUGGAUUGGCAGCAGCGAUGCCGAUGACGAUGUCAACGAGGAUGCGACACAUGAGGCUCACGGAGAGUUAGAAAUGAGUGAAGACACGGAAGAGAAAGACGAGGAACAGAGCGACAGUGGCACGUGGGAGGAAGACGAUGAUGGGGAGGCGAAGGAGAGCGAUAUGGACAGCGCUGCGGGUGCCGCCGACUUGGCGUGGCAGCCUUUCACUCAGCGCCUAGACCCAGCACUUUUCUUGCAGCACCUUACCACGUUGAGGGGUAUUUCGCAGCCCUCCGCUGUCACACCCCCGCGCAUCGAUGCGGCCGACAAGACCCACGAAGGCAGCGAUGACGAUGACAACGACGGCUUCACUCCGGUGAAGCUUGGGCGCACGCAUCACACGAGGCCACCGCCGCCGCUGCUGCGGCAGCAGCAGCAGCAGCAGCAGCCCACCAUGGUGGUAGUGGUGAACAGCAGCGAUGGCGACGAAGAGAGCAACUCGACAGUGCAUGGAUUCAAUCCUCCCCUUAACGGUGGGUCUGCCACGGGCUCUUCUUCGGUUCUUGGGAAAGGAGGCGAUACAGCAAGAGCAUGUGGUGGCGGUGAUGGCCGGUCUAGUCCUCCGCCGCCUGCUUCCCGAACGCCGACCAGCAAGAGCAACCUUGCUUCCAUUGCAGACGCCGAGCCGACGACUGCACCUCGCCUCAACUCCACGCGCAGCAGCGUUGCCAUUGUCCCUUUCGAGCUCCUCCACGUCGUCGAGCUGCUCGACUGCUGCGGUGUGCCCUACGUUCUGAGCCCCGCCGAGGCCGACGCGCAGUGCGCCUUUCUCGCGCGAAACGGACUGGUCGACGCCGUCUUCACGGAGGACAGCGAUGUGCUCGUGCACGGCGCCACCACCGUCUUGCGCGGUUUUUUUUCCCAGUCAAAGAACGUGGUAGCCUACAAGCAGGCGGAGCUGGCGGCGUGCGGCGUUACCAAGACGAUUCUCGUUGCAUUGGCCUCCCUGCUGGGCUGCGAUUAUACGGACGGCGUGGCGGGCAUCGGCCUGGUGGGCGCGUUGGAGGCGCUGGUGGUGUCGUGGACCGCGGCGGAGAAUCAUAAGGACAACUACGACUCCCCGCUGGCAGUGCUGCACGUGUUGCGUCGAUGGCGCAAGUUGGUGCAGCACCCUCCGCAGUCCUGGCGCGACGUAGACGACGAGAUGACCGUGGCGCAGUUCGCGCUGUUUCAUUCUGCCAUUGCGCAGUGGCAACUGCUGGAGAGGAAGCCGAGCUUUCCCGAGACGCAAGCCGUGGAGGCCUUCUACACCGCCGAGGUGGACACCGACUUGACGUCCUUCAUGUGGCUGCCGCCUGACUGGCAGCAGAUCCGCGUCUUUGCAGGCGCAUUAGGCGCGCUCAGCUCGACGUGGCUCGUGCAGCGGUAUGAGCUGGCGCGGAAGGAGUGGCUCAAACGUGAGGCGGAGGCGGAGAAGUCAGUCGCUGCGUCCGACAACGCACAGCGCCGGCUGACCGACUACGGGGCACAGGAACAUGUGCGAGCGGGGUGGGCCUUUCAGAAGCAGCCGCGCCGACACGCGGCAAUACUGUCGCAACUUCGCGCUGUCCAGCUGAUGCGGUGA